AUGCUUUUUUAUACGGUAAAAAUCUUCGAUGAAGGUCGUGUUCUUCAAAUAGUCACCAACAACAGUAGUCAUGGCACCCAUGUUGCAGGGAUCGCCGCGGCAUGUUACGACUGUCCUGAGCUUCAAACGAUAUCGACUCCAAGACAAAAUUCAUCCAUUUCUUCUGUGUGUCCUGGUGUCGCUGAUGCUAACGGCAGCGCAGAUGAUACUGGUUUGCUUGCCUCAGGCUUGGUUUCCACUCUUACUCCACUUUCCGCCAGCCCAAGCCCUGCCAAAUCUCCAUGUCUCAGGUCACCGACAGAAGAAGGCAAACAGCCUUUUCGUCUGCCAAUUCGUCAACGACCUAAACACCGGCCAUUAAACAACGUUGAAUCUAAUCACUCAUCAACAGGGGAAUUUGUUCGGCGAAAUGGUGUUGCUCCAGGAGCCCAACUGGUCAGUAUCAAAAUAUCUGACAGUCGACUGGGCAGUAUGGAGACGAUAUUAGCUCUUAUGCGUGCGGUAUGUACCUCUGUUUUUGAAGCAUGUUUAUAA